AUGAUGGAGCUGCUGGAGGAGAGAGAGCGCUGUCAUCAGCGGCAGCUGCAGAAUCUUCACAGCUUCCAGCAGGAGCGUGAGCGCGACCAUCAGCGCCAGCUCCAGCAAAUGCGCAAAACACACGAGGCAGACAUGAGGAGACUCGAGGAAAAGCUGUGCAACCUGCUUGCUGAGAGACAGGACAUCAGAUUCUUUCGUGGGGUCGCGAGUGGCAGUGCUGCCACUCCAACUCCCACCAAGGCCACCCCUACACGGCCCCCGGGCAGUCAGGAAGAGGAUACCCUGCUGUACACCGAGCCCAGCCUGGACCGCACCUUGUCCCCCAUCACAGCUCGUGAGGCGGAUGGGUCGCAGGAUCUGGCGGACCUGGCAAGCCCGAGUCCGCUGAGCCAGGGCAGCUUCCCGUCCUCAGCCAUCCUCGGGUCUGAAAGCUCCCCUCUGACACGCAGCAUCAAGAUGCUGCCACCCCAGCAGCUCCAGGUUCCACCUCUCCCUGGCAAAUGA